AUGCUCCCCAACUACAACAACCACUGGCAAGAAGCCAGAAAUAGAAACACUAAUCGUCAACCAAACCAAUAUCACGUACCUUACAACGGCCCUGUCUUCCAUCGACCUCUACCACCUACCAAUCGCCGACCACCAACCAACCCAUCCAGCUAUAUCCCACCCCAUCGCCGACCUACCUACAACACAGCCUACCAAUCAAGAGGUAACCAUCGACCUGACCAACAACAGAAACGACUACCAGCCCACCGACGCCAACCAGUCCCCACUCAUAAGGAGGAAGAACCCUUUGUGAAGGUGUUCUUCCAAGUUUUGCAGUGCCUCCAUCAUUUGGCAAUCCUUACCCUUCAUCAGCAAGGCCAACCAGCAUUUACCUUCAAACGCAAAGUCUCUGAGUUGGAUGGUUUUAUCCGUCCAGCAAUGAAAACAUCAGCUGUCGACGCGAAUAUUAGAUCCCUCAAUCGGACAUGGCUCUGUAAGGUUACGCAGGUCCUGAUCGACCAUUACCAAACCACACUUCAAGAGAAGCUGACCACCAUUCGUACCAAGUCUUUAUCAUCACCUGCCGUCGACCGCAUCGUUUCUCAUGCCCUGUCCUGGGCCCGUCGCUCCUAUGGGAAACGUCUCACUCAAGCUGUAAUUUCCAAAUUCUACCAAACAAUCAACGAAACAAAAACCAGAGUAACCAUAUCUCUACCAACUGAAAUGGACACUACACCUGCACCAUCUAGAGCUACCACGCUGCCGAACCAAACCCCUAAACGAGCCCGAAGUUCACCUACCCCUAGUCCAGCAGACAUAGUGUCUCAGGAAAAGUUGAGACGUCUUUUUAACUUUCAAACGCGGAUAAUUCUUGACAUACAUGAAUUUGAAGGCUCAAAUUUCGACGAUAUAAUGAAAAGUUAUAUAAAACGUUAUGGUUUUGUACGUUGA